AUGUGUGUAAAAACAAUAACAAGUUUUCCAGAAAGUUCACCAGCAAUUGAUGGUGCUGUAUCAUUAUUUAAUUCAAAUAAUGGUCGUUUACUUCUGAUAGCUGAUGCAAAAGAAAUAACUGCACGACGUACAGCUACUGCUUCAUUUCUUGCUACUCAAUUAUUAGCAUUUAAAAAAUGGAAAAAUGAACAAAAAGAAAAUGCAAUAUUAACUAUUCUUGGUUGUGGUGUUCAAGGACGAGCUCAUCUUGAUGUUUUUACUCAAUUAUCCAAAUGGAAUAAAGUAAAAAAAAAAAAAAGAUAA